AUGAGUUCUUCUUACCUUUAUUCAAACUAUUACCAUGCUAUGAGGUUUUUUGGUAACUUUUUCAGUUCUUGCCAUUAUAGCUCGGAUGUUCCGCAGAAAUCAUCUUAAUUAAGUAAUUGUUGACUUGUAAGUAAACAAGAGAAGAAUAAAGAGAAAAUAAACUACAAAAGAACAGUUAUGAUGAUUUAUUUUGAGUGAGAAUAUUUACUACAAAAUGCAAAUAAACUAUCAUAUAUUUGACUUUCAAAUGAAAUAUUAUUACAAAUAAGCAAAGUACUUGUUGAAAUAUUUAACUUUGAAUUUUUUUAUUUAAAAAAAAAAUGGCGCGUGCGUAUUUUAAGCGCCCAUAUUUUUUCUGGGGAAUUUGAAAAGUUUUGAAAAGGGUUUACCUUGAAAAUAUUUUCAAAAGGAAGAUACAUGAAAGGUCUGGAAAGCAGUAUUUGAAUAUAUAUACAUGAAUAAAAGCAAAAUAAACACGACAGAAACGAACUUGAAUUUUCUUUAGUGUUGGAAUUAUUUCACAGCAAAUUUGUUACUAAAAGCUUAAAACGUAAUCAUAGAAGUGCCUUAGAUUAAACAAAAUAAUUUUCCCCAAAAAUGUCCGAGCGUUGUGAUAUGAUGAGGUGGAACCUUUCAUACGUGAAAGAGCAGAAAUUUCGCAAUCAAAUUUCCACGUAUUCGCGAACCGCUAGAGCCCUCCUAGAGCCCAUCUCUCUCGACCGUUUUCAAUUUUUUUUUGCCGUUCACACGAAGAGGACAAAGUUGAUGUAUCAAGCAGUUUGGGAAAAAUUAUCUGAAAAGCUCAAAACGUCAGCUUCCUUUGUCAUUUGCGGGACCAUUUGCGGGUUUUGCCUCGACUACAGGUUUGAAAAUAGCGGGAAAUAAUUGUGCGCGCCCGCGGCUAACUUUUCGCGGGAAAAAUUCAUAAUACCGCGCGCAGUCAACAACGCAAGUUUUUCUCGUUACCUCCGUGUAGUUAGUGGCUUGAACGGCUCGACAUUCUCACUUUUUUGAGGGUUAGUUUUCUUCUUAAAGGUAAGUAAACCAGGAAUGGGUUACUGAUUACAUUGUGCAAAACUCAAUUGAUUUAACAAGGUCUGCGGGUAAAUAUUUAGGCGCACAUUUUCGCAGAAAUGAAGCACUUUUCAAUCGUUCACAGGGCUGAAUAAAGCUGAAGUCUUGUAGUUUACUAAGCUAAACAAAACCUAACGAAACUCAAAGAUGAUGGAAACUGCUUCUGCUCGUGACCAAGUAGUUGAGGAGGAGUUAAGCGAUCAAGAAGAGGUAAGGAUUUUUGAUUAUUCAAAGAGAAACCAGUUGAAAACCGCUGGCUUAUACACACCUCAACUUGUGUGACUUUGGACCGUGGAAGAGGGAAACUUAAAUAAAAACGUCGUAAAAAUGUUUGUCCAUUCAACAAGUAUGUGGUUAUGAGUAAAUCCGUUGACGAAAAAAAUUUUUCUUUGUCUAUUAGGAAUCAUUUUAUCAGGAUAUAGACCUUCUUCAGAACCACGGAAUUGUGAGUACUCAGCCAAUCCUGUUUUUCACCGCGUUCGUUAUAUUAUUGUCCUUCGCUAGAAUCUAAUGAAUAAUUGACUGUUUUUCAAGAAUGUUGCCGAUAUAAAAAAGCUCAAGUCAGCUGGAAUAUGCACUGUCAAGGUAAGAUUAUGUUCGUCUGUUUGUAUGAUGAAACUUGAAAUUUUAGAAUAAGGUUAACUAAACUAAGCUAAACAAGAGGGAAAUUUUCACUGAAUUGAAUUGCGUUGAUUAAUAUAAUUUCUAUAGGGAGUGCAGAUGACUACAAGGCGAAAAAUGUGCCAAAUAAAAGGAAUAUCGGAAGCAAAAAUGGAGAAAAUAAAGGUUACCGGAGGGUGCUAUAUAUUGUGUACAAUUGACGUUGUGGGUUUGUACCCUCAAAUUCCACACGAUGAAGGAUUGGAGGCCUUGAAGGAAUCAUUUGUGACCUAUGGAGGGAUGGAGGCGGGGGAAUGGCAGAGGUCACUAGGUGAGGAUAUUGCUACGUUUGCGGAGUUGGUUUUGAAGAGUUAUUAUCUUGAGUUUAAUGUUACAGCACAGCUGCCUGGAGCAAAUGGCUAUACAGGAGGAAAAGUAAUUUUCAUCGAUACAGAGAACACUUUUCGACCUGAUCGACUUAGAGAGAUUGCAGACAGAUUCAACCUUGACCAGAAUGCAAUGCUGGACAAUGUUCUGUACUGCCGAGCAUACACAAGUGAACAUCAGUACGAGUUAAUGGAUAGUGUGGCUGCAAAGUUCCAUGAAGAACCUGGAGUAUUCAAGCUAAUGAUAAUUGACUCAAUAAUGGCACUCUUUAGAGUUGAUUUUUGUGGAAGAGGCGAAUUGGCUGACAGGCAACAAAAACUUGCUCAGAUGUUAUCACGACUGCAAAAACUCUCUGAGGAAUUCAACAUUGCAAUUUUCAUCACCAAUCAGAUGACAGCAGAUCCAGGAGCAACAAUGAGUUUUCAAGCUGACCCCAAGAAACCAAUUGGCGGACACAUACUGGCACAUGCCUCAACAACUCGCAUUAGUUUGAGGAAAGGUAGAGGAGAAACAAGAAUAGCAAAAAUAUAUGACAGUCCUGAUCUUCCAGAAAAUGAAGCCACUUUUGCAGUUACAUCAGGGGGAAUUGCUGAUGCCAAAGAGUAAUGUUU